AUGACCGCCAACGCUACAACUCAGCCAUACGCGAUUCCCAACUACAUGAGUCAACAACCUUCCCCAGCCAGCUCUGCCUCACCCACUUCCCCUCGCAUGCACGACUACAUUCAGCAGCAUGCCCCCAAUCCGUACAAGCAGCUUCGGCCGCUCAAAUCCCCUCUCUACGUUCCUGCUGCCCUGCGGCCAACCGAACACUUCUGCACACCGUCUCCUAUGACCCCACCAAAAAGUCUGCAUGGAUCGUUGGACAGUCUGCAAGAAGACGAAGGUCGGACAGCGAGCCCAGAUUCUCAAGGCGAGCUGGCGCUGGACGCUUUUGAUCCUGAUUGGGCUCAGGAGGAGGAGCUGGGUGAAGUCACAGGCCCGCCAACCAGAGAACAUUGGAAGCCCGACGAAGCUUCACCGACUUGUGACUCGCCACAAUGUCGAUCAUCAUUCAGCCUGUUUGUUCGCAAACACCACUGUCGCCACUGCGGUCAUAUCUUCUGCUCCUCACACACCCCAUACACAAUUCCUCUGGACCAGGAUGCCCAGUUCCAUCCCGACGGCAUUCCCUCCCGGGCAUGCGACGUAUGUCACCGGCAGUAUCAACGCUGGGAUACGGCCAGGUCAAUCCGCCGCAAGAACAGCCAGAACAGCAAGGAUGACUGCAGCAACAACGGGAGCGGUCCUCCGACGCCUCUGGCGGGACCGACGGGUCACCGAAGGAUGAUUUCUAGCGGCCUUCGUACGGGCAAACCGGUCGCGGAGGUCGCUAACAGUGUACCCAAAGAUUGGGCCUGGAGCACUUUCUGA